AGUGAUAUCAUGUGAUAUAUAGCGUCUAGAACAGGCCUUAUUCCUUUACACGUAUGCGAUUGGACAAUUCAAAUAGCGCACUGACGGUGUCACCAUCGUCCCUGGCGUGGUCCCUUCGCCACCAACCCAGGACGAUGGUCUAGUGCGUGGACUGGCCUGAUACCAUCAGUCCACCUUCGGCACCAACCAACAUGCGGGGCCGACCAGACAAGUAGUCAAUAGAAUAGACCCUCGAAUACCAUUCUCUUCAUUUUUGCUUCUCUCCAUAUUUUCCCAUCUUUCUCGGCCAACGCGCAUCUCGAGACGGGUUCUGUACAAUGGAAACCCCCCAGAGCCUUGGUGAUGAGGCUACGGAGCACGGUCCUGUUGCCUUGGAAGAGGAUGUGAAUAUCGCGUUCUUCUCGAACACUAGCCGCUGUUCCACAUCGUCGAGAACACGUUCAACAUAUACUGCUUCAUCGGAUUACAGCCAGCGGUUUCCCUCUUCGGCCACGUCCGUCGACUUGACGACAGAUUUAGAUGGUAGAGAUCCAGCUACUGCGUGGCAUCCGUUACCGAGGGAUACGACUACUGCAACAACAUCUCCGUCGUUCUUCGAUUGGAACAAUUGGGAGGAUUGGACACAAUGGGGUGGGGACAACGAUCUGCUAAGAUCACCUACCCCUCUAGCGACCGACGAUGGAACGUCUUACCCCGAGUUUUUUCCCCACUCGGCAACGGCAACGGGCGAAGCAAUAACGCCAAUCGAUCGUAACUCGAGCGAUGGUGGGUCACCUCUCGGAUGCACCCAUGUGUCUCCCAGUGAGAGCCUGCUGCCACCUGCAGAUUUCAUCCCGCAAUGGACAGAAGAAUAUCUGAACUUGGACUUUCUAGGGGGAUCCCAACUCCGUACGGUUACGGACACUUGCCUGAAUCCCCAAUUCGCGCGAUCUUCUCAAACCAGUCCGCCACACAGCAGUGAUCUCACUGAACAGAGUCUGUUUUCCACGAGCCGUGACGGCUGGGCCCCGUCUGCAACAUCGCCUGAACCGAGUCAUAAUAUACCAAACAAUAAGCGGAAGCCUUCAGUCAGCGAUGAUGAGGCUGGUUCAACUUCUGCAGGUCGCAAGCGUUUGCCGAGAGCGAAAGCAGCCCAUAAUAUCAUUGAAAAGAGAUACCGGGCGAACCUCAACGAUAAGAUUGAUGCACUUUGCAAUAGGUUACCAAACCUGAAGGCUAAGUAUAAUAAAACUCAUCAGGGCAGCGGGCAUAACGAGGAUGAAUAUGAGAACGUCAACAAUGAUCAUGGAUCGAAAGGGCAGAAGAUCAAUAAAGCGGUGGUCUUAUCAGAAGCAGCUGACUAUAUCCGAGAGCUAGAGGAACGUAUCAAGAAACAUAACGACCAGAUGGCGACGAUGCAAAUACGACUCGAUGUCUUUAAAGCGCUGGCGGCUACAAAAUCACCAGAAAUAGAUACUGGCCGACACCAAGAGCCACUACAGUGGAGAGGAAUACGUGGGAAUGCAGCACAUCUACAAUACCAAGCGAAUACUGCGACGACCAACCAGGCUUCCCCACCCAGUCGUGAUGUGCGCCUUGCCGGUAGGCAGAAUACCAGCCGUGGCGGAUACAUGAGCAAGUUCAUGGUGGGUUCAUUAGCUGGUCUCAUGGUCAUGCAAGGUUUGGGUGAAAAUGAGCAGGCCUACGACGGGCCUUCAGCUCGCGGUCUUUUCAGUCUGCCAACUGAAUACAUCGGGCAGCUAGGGGACAUCAUAUGGUCACUGGGUCCGUCGAAUGCUGUCGAAUUUGCUUUGUUACUCCGAAGCUUCCACACCGUAUUCAAAGUCCUCCUGUUGUUCGGUGCCGUCAUUUAUAUUAUCUCUCCGUCCUUCUUCGACUCGAAGCUACAGGAAAAAGUAAAGGCUGUACCAUACCUCGCACCUAAGUCUGCUCUGCCACUAGGAUCACCGGUAGAAGUUCGACGCAGCGCCUGGCUUACUGCCAUUCAGACGGUCUGGGUUCCACAAAAUAGCCUUCUGCAACAACUCGCAGCCCUGCUGUUGAAGUCUCUGAACCUAGGGAUCCGCAAAGUCGUUGGAUGGCAUGGAUACGCAAUGUUGACUGGUGCAACUGAAGAGCAGGAAGUGGCACGAAUUAGGGCAUGGGAAAUCGCAAUUGAUGCGCAGCUUACUGGCGGCGACGCUGAGAUCAAUUUGAGUCGACUAGCCUUAACGAUUCUAGCUUCCGAAACGCUUCCCGUAACACCCUAUCGACUUAUGCUCAAAGCCCUCCACAUUCAUGUCCUUCUAUGGGAGCUUUCUAAUAGCAAGCUUCGCGGGCGGUACUUGUGCAGGACCUUUGCUAUGAAGUUCGCAAGAUAUCAGUGGGUGAAAGCGAGGAAGCUCCAUAACCGAAUCAGCUUAUCACUGCCAUUAAACGACACAUCUAGAUCGGACGCGCUGCCAGAUUAUUUGGCUAAUUUACUAGAUCUCGACAUUGACACCGUCAUGCAGCACAGAGUGGUGCAACGGGCACACAAUCUUGCUUGGGAUAGGCCAACCGACAACAAGGUAUCCGAUUGCACUGAUGGCAUGAACACUGUCAUCAAUGACACUGCUAUAGGUUCUCCGUUAGAUGCUCUUUCUGCGUGGUGCUCAUGUGUUAAACUUCACAAAGCGCUAGUCAACUUUCUCCGGUCGAGAACUGGCCUUGCGGACAGCAAUGCUGACUUCCAACAUGAUCUUGAUCUCGCCCUAAAGAUUUCCCCCACUGGGUCUUUAGUUCAAGGCUACAGUGUUGUUGCUUGCGCAGUACUACUAAACGAGCAUCGGGGUGCUAAUAUUGCUGCCGCUCUUCAAGUUCUACCGCCGCUGUCGAAAUCCGGCACUUGCGUUCCAACAAUGGCUGAUGCUAUUUUAUCCAGUUCUAUAAAUUCAGAGACUCAUCCUGAGCUUCGCCUAGCUUUGCAAUAUGCCAUGGCUGUUGCGCUCCUGAAGCGUGCGCAAUAUAAGAAAGAAGCAAUCGCCUUAAUCAGAAACAUUCACAUAUAUGACAAUGAUUUUGGCCUCCUUGGUUUCACGGCUGCAUACAACUGGUUAGACACAGCAUUUCGGGAUAAUGCUCUCGAAAAUGAGACUAGGGGAGCAUUAGAGAACGUUGCAGGUGCUCUGAAGCUGUGGAUGAGCGGGACACAGGGUAGGAACAGUGGACUGGGAAAGAAUGUCAAAUGUGAGAUAGCGAUGCUAUGUGUUGAUGUGUUAAGUUGGUUGGUCGGGAUGAGGGACACACGUUGCUGAAUGACCAGGGCUGCGGGUCUCAUGCAUACAUGUCUAGCUUAUUGCCGCUGAACUAUUCGCGUCCAGAGUCCGCGCGAAGUGACAGUACCUUCUUCGGUGAUGUAACUGCCGUAAAUAAUAAUACUGAUAAUGCCAAACCCGUUGGGAAACCGGGCCGAGCUCUGGGAGAUUCCGGGUUUUUGGCCCUGAAAAGCUGGUAAUCCUCACCGUAGGGCCAGCUCUCCCCGUGGUACUCACUAGGGCUAGUAGAGGCUCUGCACUGGAAACAGUAGACUACUCAGUGGUUUCGGGGGUCAUAGCAGACUCUUCAAAGCCUAUAAACCACUGCGUAGGCCCAUUUGAAUGGAUAGAAUAACUCAAUUGAUCACUGUAUGUAUUACUACGCCAUAUACUAGCUUCCGUUUUGCCAGAAGGGAUAUUUUAGGCCACCGGAGAAUUACACCGUGUGUAGAUCCCCCCCGUAUCCUGGAAAUAUCUAAUAAAACCUGUUAAACCGACCAUCUAGUCACGUGCUUAACCAUCGAAAGGGAUGGUUAAGCACGCUUUCAUCAACCUACCGUAGACAGCAA